UCAAAGUUGCCCAUUUGUAAGCCCGAAAGCAAACGUUCCAUCCAAUGAGCGUGAAUAUGGGGGACCAAGAGAUUGAACAGAACACACAAACAGAGGUUCCGGUGGGGGCCAUUCAGACAGUAGAUCCUGAGAUUCUUACUAAACUCCCUAUCGGGACUCGGGUUCUGGGCAUCACAGCUCAUGGCGUUAGUUUAUGGACUCGCACGGCUCGUAUAGAUGUUGAACGAGAUGGGCGGCGGAAGGCGUAUUUCUUGAAGACCUCAUCCGGCGAUCUCGGUAGAGAAAUGACAUCAAGCGAAUUCCAAUGCAUGACUAAACUCCGCGCCGUAAUGCCGGAUCUUGUACCGGAGCCUAUCGCAUGGGGAUCCUACGCCGCAAUCCCGAAUGUACAUUUUCUGCUAUGUGAGUUCCGUCGUAUGUCGGGCAAUGUUCCGCCUCCGGAGAUACUCGCCAAGAAGAUUGUGGAGUUGCAUCGUACCAGUGAUCACGAUGGGGAUAAGAAGGAGAGGUUUGGAUCGAACGUCCCGACAUUCCAUGGGAACGCGCGCGUUGAGCAUGGCUGGUCUGAUACGUGGGAGGAGUAUUUCGCGAGGACUACACGGGUGCUAUUUGAUUUGGAGCAGGAUGCACAGGGACCCAACGACGAGAUUGAGCAAAUGAUUGCUCCCUUUUUCGAAAAGGUAAUACCACGACUUCUAAGGCCAUUAGAGACCGGUGGCAGGUCUAUCCAGCCCUCUCUCAUCCAUGGAGAUCUUUGGCACGGCAAUGCAGAGACAGAUGCGGAAACCGGUCUUCCGAUUAUUUUUGACGCGGCAUCUUACUACGCGCAUAAUGAGUACGAGCUUGGUGUUUGGCGACAGCCAUGGAAUAAUAUCGGUACAGCCUACCGAGAAGAAUACCACAAGCAUUUUCCCAAGUCGCCUCCUGAAGAAGACUGCGAUGAUCGGAAUGCAUUAUAUGCAGUCCGAGUCAAUAUUCUUGACUCCAUAUUAUACAAGGACGACCCGGGUUAUCGACGGAUGCUGAUAUCCGGUAUGCGAGAACUUAUUGAUAAGUUUCCGGGCGGUUUCGAGGAAUGGGAAACUUCAUAGCGCGAUGGCGGUGCCUAGUAUAUAGGCAUCCUUGAAACGUGGUUCGUUCGGCCCUGUUUGUUCUUAUACUGUAUCGUCUUAAGCACGCUAGAGACACCAAGCCCGUUUAGAGAAUCGUUUAUAUGGUUUCUCGAUGCUCUUAUACUAUUCGAUGCGUCAUGUAUUAUACCUGUGGGCUAUAUUCCGGAAGUAGUAAGUAGUAAUCAUUAGAUGACCUCUGAUUGGCUAUUUAUUCUAAUAAUAAAUGUCACCAUUGUAACAUCUCAUAUUCGACCUACUGGAUCUAUAUCUCCAAUGUGCCCGUAUACUGCAUCAGUCUCAUGACAAAAUCGUAAGCAUGAUACCCAAUAAGAAGCAUGAGCCUCCUACCGGCCAUCUCGGAAUGGAGCUUCGAAUCUAAUUGGUGACCGUCGGUUCGUCCGCUUUACCUAGAACUCGACCGCUUAGUCCCUGCAUGCAGAAACAACUCCACAUUCCCCUCGUCUUAGUUACGCAUUUCGGCCCCGACCCUCGGCUUAAGAGAAAAAGAAGAAAAAAAUACGAAAAAUAGAAAAAAACUUGAAACCUAGUCGCACUUAGGUCAUGUACCGAGCU